AUGUUUAAUCGAUUAAAUAAAAAAUUAGUAACUACAAAAUUUCAAUUUAAAGUACUAUGUUAUUGCAAACGAUGUAAUGGUAAACUUGUAGAUACAAGAACUAGAAAAGCUCAUGAAUUAAUAGAAAAGCAGGAUCAAGAUUUAAUUACCGAAUUAAUGAAAAAUAAAAGUAAUGCUCAAGAUGGAGAUAUAACAAUAGAUAAUUACCAGGAUAAAAAUCUGGUUUUUACCAUUAAACCUUCUAAUAAACCAAAUCUUAAUUCAAAAAAUAUAAAUGAUUCCUGGAUAUUAAUUUGUAUUUUUAAGUAUCAAGAAAGAUUCUGGUUUUCAGAUACUACAACCGAAUUUUUUAUAAAAAUUUUUAAGUUGGUUUUGACAGAUGUCGAUAGAAAACAGUUUAAUAAUUUUCUCUUUAUGGCUUAUAUGGCCAAGAAGUUACUAGAAAUUAAGAAAAACAAUAAAAACAAUAAAACCUUCACGAUUUGUCCUAAAUGUAAUAAAUUGUAUUAUGUUGAUACUAAUAAUUCAGGAUUUGAGUGUACCCACGUUGAAUUCCCUAACCAUCUGAUGCAAACUCAACACCAACCUUGCAGGUUCGAAGUACUAAAUAAGAAUUGGCAACUUGAUGACCUUAUAUCUGCUCAAUCGAGUAACUUGAAACUUCUCAAAGGUUUAAGCCUAAUACGACCAAAAGCAGCAGUGGGAAGCUUAGCAGCCUAUAACAAUUUGGAGUUUAAUGAACUUCGCUAUUUUAGGCAGAUUUAUCAGCUCGAAAUUGAAGAUACAAUUACCGAUAUUGAACCUUUUCCCAGCAAAAUGCUGUCUCCUAAAAAAGCAAAUUUUGGAUUGCCAGAUAAUGUAUAUAAUGUACUGAUGGCUUAUUAUAAUAAUGCAUAUGAUAUGAAAUUUUUGUCAAUUAGAGAGGCAACUCAGAUAAAA